GCUGCUGCGCAUGCAUAGUAUAUAGGACAAACUUCGAUAAUUACAAGGAAAGGGACCCGUUUCCUUUAAACGCACCCGUCAUAUAAUAAUAAAUUAUAUAUAGCUGAAAGACAGAAAUAAAACGGAGGAGUCACUAAAUUGUUCGAGGUGCAGUAGUAAUUUUCUCAUGUCGACAGAAAUGCGUCACAUAUUCUUCUAAACAGAAAGGAGCGUGUGCAUUAAUGUGAAACGAAGGGAAGGUAUGUACACUACGAAUUGUACAUACGUAGAUCUUUCUCUAACACACCGAAGAUCCAUAAGACAAAGACAAUUUCUAUACUCAUUAUAAAGUACUCGCGACACCGAGUCAAUGGACUUCCAAAGUAUUAAUCCUUUAAAUGUUCGGCUUAACUUGCUUUCGGGCAAUCUAUUACCAAUGACCGACAAUUCAUCGUUUCCAACAUUCUGGAGGCUAUACAGCAUUUUCGUAUGGUUGUUCGAGCUAUUUUACACAGUCACAUUAAUCGCCGGUUGCUUCUUCGUGCCGAUAGAGAAAGUAUUAAACGAUGGAAUAGUCAUCUUGAUAGUCAUAGUGGAAGCAAACUUCCAAAUCAUACAAAUACUCACGCAUACAACACUGGUAGAACAACUGAUACGAAAGCUGAAUGCUGCCCUGAACACCGAAGACGAGAACCUGAAGAAGAUCGUAAUAACAAAUCUAAAACCUAUGGAGACUCCAUUCAAAUUUUACCUGACGAUCGGCACACUUUCCGCCUCUUUCUGGUGCUGCAUGCCACUUCCGUUGAUUUUUGAAAAAGAUACAUUUUACUACUCGGAUUUUAGAGCACCGGGUAUUUAUUCCAAGGAGCCGUUUUCCAGCAGCGUUUUCCUACUGGGUACCGUGCUAACAGUGAUCAACAAUAUAUACAUUUUUAUAAAGAAGGUCAGCGUGGAUAUUUAUGUCACGCAUUUGAUAUCACUGAUAACGUCGCAAUAUCAAUACAUUGCUUCGAGGUUCGUAUUGAUGUUUCGAAACACUAGCCAACAGGAUAACAGCAGUUUUCUAGAAAGUAAUACGAGAGUAGAUGUAUCUGUAGAGAGGGAGAUAAAAAAGUUAUGUCGGCAACACAACAAUAUUUUGUAUAUAACGUUAAUGCUUAAAAAAUUGCUAUCUGUGAACAUCUUCUUUAUUUACUUGAAUAACGUUUUUCGAUUCUGCUUUCUUGGUGUCAUGUUGAGCAAUAUAUCGGCGUCUUUCUUGGAAGGUUCUAUGGUCUUUAUGUACGGAUCCGGCUCAAUAACGCAGUUCUAUAUAUUGUGCAAUUGUUUCCAGAAAUUAACAGACGCAACGUCAGAAAUAACAGACAAAGCAUUCCACGAGGACUGGAAUCGAUUCAGUUUAUCCGUAAAACGUACAUUCUUGAUGGUGAUAAUGGCUAGUAAUAAUAUGGAUCUUAGGAUUUCAUUAUUUGAAAGAUUCAACCUAUCUUUACCUUCAUUCAUGUCGAUUCUAAAUCAAUCGUAUUCUAUUGCCCUCCUGUUAUUAAGAGUGAAAUAAGAAAUAACGAUGAUAAUAAUACAUCUUUCUAAAAUAACUGGUAAUUAUGAUUCUUAUCAAUACGUACAACGUUUUUACUUUUAUCAAAUUUGUGAUUUUUAUUUCAGUACAAGGAAUAGUAACAAAUAGCUAAUAAUAUGUUAUUUAUCGUUUAUAAAUUAAAAAAUUAAUGGCUAAUUCUAUAGAAUAUUAUAUUAGUUACAAAGAUAUAUUUUUUAUCCUAAAAUUUAAGCGAACUAAAAGUUUACCAACAUGGAAAUGUGUGUGUACAAUUUGUUAUUACAUUUUUAUGUGACACAAUAUUUAAAAUGUGACGAAUGAUAAAAUUAUAACAAAUAAAU